GUAACCGACAAAAAUCUUAGCUUCGGAUCAGUCCUCAAAACCAACCAUCUCUCUCUCUCUCUCUCUACCCACCCAGCACAAAAGCAAAGAAAAAGAGCCGUUUCUCUCCGUUUCCUCUCUGUCACUCUCUCUCUCCUCUCACUCUACAGUCUCUGGUUUCUUCUUCUUCUUCUUCUUCUCUCUCUUUUUGAUAAUGUAAAUCAAGAAAAAGCUAAGGAGAAAAAAAUUUAGCUUUAGAAUUGUGAAAAACACUGUUAAAGUGUUGGAGAAAUGGCUUCCCUGAGCUUUUUGACUGUGCUUCUCAUCCACAUUUGCUUGUUUGUGAGCUUUUCUUCUGCUGAGGAUCCAAAUGUUUUCUACCAAUUUGAGGUCUCUUACAUCACUGCUUCUCCUCUGGGUGUACCUCAACAGGUUAUUGCCAUAAAUGGAAAGUUUCCAGGUCCUACUAUUAACGCCACUACUAAUAACAAUGUCAUUGUCAAUGUUCGGAACAAAUUGGAUGAGAAUCUCCUCAUGACCUGGGCCGGAAUUCAGCAACGGCGUAGUUCAUGGCAAGAUGGGGUUCUAGGAACCAACUGUCCAAUUCCGCCAAAGUGGAAUUGGACUUAUAAUUUUCAGGUUAAGGAUCAGAUUGGGAGCUUCUUUUACUUCCCGUCCCUUAAUAUGCAGAGAGCGUCUGGAGGAUUUGGUGGCUUUAUUAUUAAUAACCGGGCUGUAAUUUCUAUUCCUUUUGCAACCCCAGAUGGGGAUAUAACUAUCUUGAUUGGUGACUGGUACACAAAGAACCAUACGGCUUUGAGGAAGAUGCUUGAUGAUGGGAAAGACCUUGGGAUGCCCGAUGGCGUUCUUAUCAAUGGAAAAGGCCCUUACCAAUACAACACUACACUUGUUCCUGAUGGCAUUGAUUACGAAACACUUGAAGUACACCCAGGCAAAACUUACCGUCUUCGCGUACACAAUGUCGGGGUCUCAACUACUCUAAAUUUCAGGAUCCAGAACCAUAAUCUGCUUCUAGCAGAGUCAGAAGGAUCAUAUACAGUGCAACAGAAUUAUACAAGCUUAGAUAUACACGUUGGACAAUCUUAUUCUUUUCUGGUAACCAUGGAUCAGAAUGCAAGUUCUGAUUAUUACAUUGUCGCGAGUGCUAGAUUUGUCAACGAGUCAAACUGGAAACGAGUUACUGGAGUUGGAAUCCUGCACUAUACUAAUUCCAAAGGAAAGGCAGCUGGCCCCCUUCCAGCGGGACCACAAGAUGAAUUUGACAAAACUUACUCAAUGAACCAGGCAAGAUCUAUCAGAUGGAAUGUUUCAGCUAGUGGUGCACGUCCAAAUCCACAGGGGUCUUUUAGAUAUGGAUCAAUCAAUGUUACUGAUGUUUAUGUGUUGAAAAAUAAGCCACCUGUAAUGAUUAAUGGGAAACGGCGAACAACGCUCAGUGGAAUCUCAUUUAAAAAUCCUUCCACACCAAUCAGGCUUGCUGAUUGGUUCAAAGUGAAGAAUGCUUAUAAGCUUGACUUCCCUGCGAGGCCACUUACAGGAACACCUAAACUGGAAACUUCUGUUAUUAAUACAACAUUUAGAGGAUUUAUAGAAAUCAUACUGCAGAACAAUGACACCAAGAUGCAGAGCUACCACGUGGAUGGAUAUGCAUUCUUUGUUGUGGGGAUGGACUACGGUGAGUGGACAGAGAAUAGCAGGGGUACAUAUAACAAAUGGGAUGGAAUAGCCCGGUCCACAGUACAGGUUUAUCCUGGGGCAUGGUCAGCCAUCUUGAUAUCUCUUGACAAUGUUGGAAUCUGGAACAUUAGAGCUGAAAACCUUGACUCGUGGUAUCUUGGCCAAGAAACUUAUAUGAGGGUUGUCAACCCAGAAGCAAAUAACAAAACUGAGCUGCCCAUACCAGACAAUGCUCUAUAUUGCGGUGCCCUCAACAAAUUGCAAAAGCCGCAAGAUAUCUCUUCUGCAACGUCAAUCACCACCAAUGGAUCAAAGUUGUUCUUUGCACUGCUGAUGAUCAUCUACACCUUCGUUCCCUUAUUCCCCUAAAGGAUCUGGUUUUCUGUGGCGCUUCCUAUAUGUUUUCUCGGAUCUGGUUUUCCAUGGCGGUUCCUUCGUGAGAGAGGCUUGCGGUUGAGUGUUGUUUAGGUUGUAAGAUUAGUCUUGUUGAUAUAAAUCUUCAGUAAGCUUGACAUUCUUUUAUCUCUUUCUUUUUCGUACGUUGUCAAUGCUCCACGAUUUCUUAGUUUAAUUUAUUGGGGUUUAUGAUUCUUUUAUUACCUUUUUUAAUGUUGACUAUUAAUUCAUCAAUUCAAAUACAAUGCAACUUCCUUCCUUAA